AUGACUUUGAAUUCCCUUGCUCUUUUUGAGAACGAUCGAAUUCCGUUGAUGGAUCUGUAUGAGCUGUUCCAUGUCAAGGGAACAGACUAUAACACACAUGAUGGCACCUGCAUACGAGAUUAUAUCGAUGUUACCGACUUGGUCGAUGCUCAUGUUAAAGCUCUUCAAAAGGCAAAACCCCAAAACGUAGGAAUCUACAACGUUGGCACCGGGAGAGAUAGAUCGGUGAAGGAGUUUGUGGAGGCCUGUAAGAAAGCAACAGGGGUAGAGAUAAAAGUCGACUAUCUUUCCCGCCGACCUGGAGAUUACGCAGAAGUAUUCAGCAACCCAACUAAGAUCUACCGUGAGCUGAACUGGACGGCUCAACAUACUGAUCUCAAGGAGAGUUUGAAGACCGCAUGGAGAUGGCAAAAGGCGCAUCGUGAUGGAUAUGGAGCCUCUUAGGUGAUACGCUUUUUCUCAUUGGAUCACCGA